AUGUUGUUGGACUGGAACAAGGAUCUGGUCAGAAAAGCAGACCGAUCCACUGGAAGCACGCCUCUUCACUUCGCCGCGUCCUGGGGAAGGCACGAGGCAAUCAGCUUGCUGCUGGAUGCUGACCAAUCUGCGGCGUAUCAGGCAGACAGCAACGGAUCGUUUCCCAUACAUGUGUCCGCGCGCAUGGACAACCUUAAGGCGGUCUCCGUAUUUCUGGACGACCGGCAUGACCUCGCCGAGCUGCGCGACGCCAAGGGCGGGACCUUCCUCCAUGUCGCCGUCCAAGAGGAGAGCCUGUCCGUGGUCAAGUACGCUUGCAAUUUGCAACUUGCAUCAGCUGCCAUGAACGUGCAGGAUAACGAUGGCAACACCCCACUGCACUUGGCUGCUAGGGUUGGAAACCUAUGGACCUUCAUUGCUCUGAUGAAAAACCGACUCGUUAGACUGAAUGUAACAAACAACAAGGGGCAUACACCAUUUGACGUUUCAUGGAUCAGCGCGCCUCUAGGGAUAUAUUACGGAUUGUUUCAGAGCAUCACGGUCACAGUACGUCAGUACGCUCGAAGCUCUGUUUCUUCUUUAAGGAGUCUCUUGGGCUCGCCGGCCAUGGGGAACCGUCAUGGCACAAUGAGGCCAAGGCGGCUGAAGAGUGCGAGAGCGACGGGGGAGGAGCUGGGGUCGUACGAGGCGGCGUGCAGCGCGGACCCGGAGCUGCGGAGCUUCGACGCGGCGCUGCGGCGGCGUGCGAGCCUCGCUGUAGCGGCGGCGGCGUCCGGGGUGGAGGUGCGGUCCAUGUCCCUGGGCUCCCUCCGGGAGGUCACCGGCUACCUGGUGGAGAUGAACCAGGAGGUGGUCUGCGUGGUGCUCGCCAGCAAGCACGACGUGUGGGGGUGUCCCGAGCUGUUCGCGCUCGUGGAGGACUACUUCGACGCCAGCCUCCACACCCUCGACUUCCUCGCCGCGCUCGACAAGGCGCUCCGCCGCGCCCGCGACUCGCAGCUCGUCCUGCACCUCGCGCUCCAAUGCCAGGACCCGGCCGUCCGGCCCGCGCGCGCGCUCGGCGCGCUGCGGCGGUUCAAGGAGGCGGCCGGCGGUGAUCCGUUCACGGACGAGUUCUUCGCCGCGUUCCAGGCGGCGUACCGGCAGCAGCUGGGCAUGCUGGACAGGCUGCGGCGGCAGAAGCGCUGCCUGGACGGUUGCCUCCGGUCGCUCCGCGUCUGGCGCCGCGUGACGGGCGUCGUCUUCGCGACGACCUUCGCGGCGAUCCUCGUCUGCUCGGUGGUGGCCGCGGCCAUCGCCGCUCCGCCCGUCGCGGCCGCACUGGCGGCCGCAGCGUCGCUGCCCGUGGGCUCCGCCGGAAAGUGGGUGGACGCGAUGCUGAAGCGGUACGGGGACGUGCUCCGGGGGCACAAGGACGUGGUGGGCGCAAUGCAGAUCGGUACGUUCGUCGCCAUCGAGGACCUGGACAGCAUACGCUCGCUCGUCGGCCGGCUCGAGGUCCACAUCGGCUCCAUGGUGAACUGCGUGGAGCUGGCGGAGCGCGAGGAGGGGGCCGUCAGGAUGGUGAUUGAGGAGGUGAAGAAGAAACUGGAGGUGUUCAUGAAGAGCGUGGACGAUCUCGGGCAGCAGGCGGACAAGUGUAGCCGGGACAUCCGGCAAGCCAGGACCGUCGUGCUGCAGAGGAUCAUUCAUCACCAUUAA